GUACAUGUGAUUGGGAAGCUAAAGCUGCAAACCCAAAUCCUUGUGCUGGGACAUUAAUCUCUGGGUUAUGUUCACGAGGCUAUUUGCUCACAUUUACACUGCAUAUUCGACCAAGCUUCAUGAAGGUAGUUCUUAAUCAAGUCUAUCUUUCAAGUAAUUUCCACCUCCAGAUCCCCAGCAGGUUUAAAUUAUGACAAGCAAAAGUAUUCAAUAAUCUUUACUAUAAGCAAAGGAAAAAUUCAACAUAAAUGCAUUUUAAUAGAUGUUUAAAUGCAUUUUAAUAAAUGUUUCUAAUUCAAGCUGCAUUCCUCCAACCAUUUCCUUAAUUUUUUGGUGUCCUGCUAAAGAAAUUGAGAGCAAGCAUAUACCAGUUUGAUUUGUGAAUUUGGAUUUACAUAUUUCCUGCUGUACGGAAGGUAUUUAACCAAAGUCUUGUACACAUAACUGGGGGGUGAGGUUUUUAUGAUGAAACAUGUAUUCAAUCUUAUGAGUUUUGCACCAUUUAAAAAAGGAUAUAUUCUCAAAAGUAAGCAACUGGGGAUUUAAAGCACUAGUAUAGAAAACAUUUUAAAAGCCUCAAGUCUAUUUCUUUUGUAACCUAUGUGGUUUCAGGUUUAUCUUCCACAACCCCAAUUACUGCUUUCACAUUUUCAAAAUAUUUGCUGUUAUUCUGAAUGCCGGCUCUUAAGUAUUUAUGAUGGAGGGGAAUCUUAUUCAAUUAGUUGAGGUAAAAGAACUCUAUAAAAUUCAGUGAAUAAAGAUAUUUUUUUCAGGCCAUCAUGCAUGUGAAUUUCGGGCUUUCAAAAAGUUAUUUUAGGAGGGCCGUAGUUGUUGUAUAUGCGGAAAAUCCCUUUAUAAAAAGAAGAAAAAGUUAAUUUCGAGCACAGUUGUAUGCGAUCCAGGCAUUCAGCUAUGUCCUGAUUUCUCUCGCUCUCACUCUCUCGGCGUCUUCUUUUUAAAAAACCAGAUUCUUUCUGAUUUUUGCCUACCAGAGAUUAACACCGUUCUUUUUUUCCACUAUCCGCGCGAAUAAGCGUCCCUCUCUUCCAUUCAAAAGUCUGAAACUUUCUUUCAACUUUUCUGCAGAAGAAUCCACCAUUACAGAAUCCAUGCCUUUUAGAGGCUUUUAUCUUUCUGUCCAACCCUCAACCGAGGUACGGAAGCAACAGAAUAUUCCAUUGGUAGAAGCUUCAGUUCUAUGGUCCGCCCGCUGUUCGGUUGUGAAUGGGGCGAAGGGGUGGAGUUCCAUGGAAUACAGACUUACACAUACACGAAUAUAUAUAUAUUCAAAGUGCAGGGACGUCUUUUUUCCCGUUUUGUUUUUUGUUUUGUUUUUGCUUUUAGGGUGGAUGUUGCUUUUUCCAACGGCAGCUAGUCUCUCCUGUUGCUGCUGGAGAGAGAGACUUUAUCUUCCAUGCGUAAGGGCGCCGACGGGAUAUCGGACUACUCAUGUUUCUUUUUAAAGGAUUAGCCCCAUUGCUGGUAAAGGAGAUAAUUGAGUGAUUGGAUUUUUUUACCCUCCCCCUCCCCCAAAAACAAAGACUCCACACCGAACUCGUCGAUUAAGGCACGCCUGAAACGAAGAAGUAAGAGUAAGCCAACUUCUUGAAUUCACGAACUUUGGAGGGGUUGAACAGCCAGCUGGGAAGUGAAGCCAGUUCCUGCGGUCGAAGUUGUGAAGGAUCCUCCCACCCCCCGCUCCUCCGUCCCAAGAUUGCUUCGCGGCCGACCGAAGAAAGAACACGACGCGGUUGGGCGCCGUCAAGCUCUCUCUGUCUUCGGUGGAAGAGAAUACACCGGAGUAGCGUUUCGCCUUGCAACCCUAGCAAAGAAUUACCAUCCAGCCCUUGGCGAGCGAUUAACGAGAGAGCCGGUUUGGCGAGCGAUCCGCCUCUUUCACCUCCUCCACCCGAGAGCAGACUGCGGGAAGAGCGAAGCCAGCCUUGUGCCGCCGCUGGCCCUCUCGGGGGUCUGGGCUGGGCGCCGCCGAUGCUUUGAGACUCAAGUGCCUGUGGGCUGUGAAGACCCGCUUCCCGCCGCUUGCUGCCAGCCCGCCGCGCUUGUUCUUUUCCUUGCCGCUGCCUCGGAUCAUGGAUCGAGGACCGAGAGCAACGAGGCCUGCUUCCUCGGGCCUGGUCGUCUUCCUGGGCGUCCUAUGCGGGAUUCCCUGGGGCUCUGGCGCCCAAUCUUACCAUGGGGAGAAAGGGAUUUCUGUCCCGGACCACGGCUUCUGUCAGCCCAUUUCGAUUCCUCUCUGCACGGACAUCGCCUAUAACCAGACCAUCCUGCCCAACCUCCUGGGGCACACCAACCAAGAAGACGCCGGGUUGGAAGUCCAUCAGUUCUACCCGCUGGUGAAAGUGCAGUGCUCGCCGGAGCUGCGCUUCUUCCUUUGCUCCAUGUACGCGCCCGUCUGCACCGUCUUGGAACAGGCCAUCCCGCCCUGCCGAUCCCUGUGCGAGCGGGCUCGCCAGGGCUGCGAGGCCCUGAUGAACAAGUUUGGCUUCCAGUGGCCCGAGCGGCUCCGCUGCGAAAACUUCCCCAUGCACGGCGCAGGUGAGAUCUGCGUGGGGCAGAAUACUUCGGACACUUCGGGAGCGGGAGGAGGGCCCCCCGAAAGUGCCACCGCCUAUCCCACCCCGUAUCUGCCCCAUCCCACAGCUCACCCCCUGCGCCCCACCAAUUCUGGCUUCUCCUGCCCACGGCAGCUCAAAGUACCCCCCUACCUGGGCUACCGCUUUUUGGGUGAGAGGGACUGUGGUGCCCCUUGUGAACCAGAACGCCCCAAUGGGCUGAUGUACUUCAAGGAGGCUGAGGUUCGCUUUGCCCGUCUACUGGUAGGCAUCUGGUCAAUCCUAUGUUGUGCCUCCACCCUCUUCACUGUCCUGACCUAUCUGGUGGACAUGAGACGCUUCAGCUACCCUGAGCGACCCAUCAUCUUCCUCUCAGGCUGCUAUUUCAUGGUGGCAGUGGCCUAUGUGGCUGGCUUCCUGCUGGAAGACAAAGUGGUGUGUGUGGAAGGUUUCUCAGAAGAUGGCUACCGCACUGUGGUGCAGGGCACCAAGAAAGAAGGGUGCACCAUCCUUUUCAUGAUCCUCUACUUUUUUGGCAUGGCCAGUUCCAUCUGGUGGGUGAUCCUCUCCCUCACCUGGUUCCUUGCUGCUGGCAUGAAGUGGGGCCAUGAGGCCAUUGAGGCCAAUUCCCAGUACUUUCACCUGGCUGCCUGGGCCGUGCCUGCCAUCAAGACCAUCACCAUCUUAGCCAUGGGACAGGUGGAUGGGGACGUGCUCAGUGGAGUCUGUUAUGUGGGCAUCUACAGUGUAGACGCAUUGCGGGGCUUUGUCUUGGCCCCACUCUUUGUCUACCUCUUCAUUGGCACCUCCUUCCUGCUGGCUGGCUUUGUGUCCCUCUUCCGUAUACGGACCAUCAUGAAACAUGAUGGCACCAAAACCGAAAAGUUGGAGAAGCUCAUGGUGAGGAUUGGCAUUUUUAGUGUCCUCUACACAGUGCCUGCCACUAUUGUGUUGGCUUGCUACUUCUAUGAGCAGGCCUUCCGGGACAUGUGGGAGAAAACCUGGCUCCUGCAGAGCUGCAAAAGCUAUGCCAUUGCUUGCCCCACCAAUGUUGCCCCAAUGAGCCCCGACUUCACUGUCUUUUUGAUCAAGUAUCUCAUGACCAUGAUUGUGGGUAUCACAACUGGCUUCUGGAUUUGGACUGGCAAAACACUCCAAUCUUGGAGGCGCUUUUACCACAGACUCAGCACUGGAAGCAAAGGAGAGACUGCUGUAUGAGGGUCCCUUGGCUUCUUCUCCCCUUGCAUUGCAAGGAACAAGGGCUUGGACCAUUAUUCCUUCAGACUGACUACCUUUGCUUCUCACCAAGAGACCCUCCAUCUCUAGACUGUGCUUCAGAAUAAAUAUCUUAUUCUCUGAGAAUUUGCUUAUUCCCUCAUCAUGGCCUUCUCACUUUCCAAAUGGUUCUGCAGUAUCUGUUUAGAGUAUGUGGCAUAGUGCCAAGAAUGGAAGUUUGGGACAAAAAGAGCAAAAAAAACAAGCUACUUUUUUACUGCGUGACAGGGUGCCAAAUCAGACCCCUCCCCCAAAUCAGCAUCUUAGUUUACAGUCUUUCUAAAGUUACCCAGGAAGCUUUGAGAAGGGAGAAAGUGUGUGUUUGUGUAUGCACACACGUGUUCAUGUUCACUCCUUUUAAAAAAGGAAAUUGCCAAAUAAGUCUUAAUGGGGGUUCCUCCAUAUUGUAGCAGUGCAGUCCACUGCAAACUUACUUGGAAGUUUAAACUCCACCGGAUUCAAUGGGACCGACUCCUAAGUAAAGGCAUAAUGGUUUCCAGCUAUGCAAACUUGCCUUGGGAGCAAGUUACCUCACACUUAGUUGAGCUUAACUUCUGAAUCCGCAGUGCACGGGUUUGGUCAGGCUGUAAGGAAAAUUCUGCAUUCCAGUUUUCAAAGUUUUCUUCCUGGCUGAUUUGGGUUUUGGCAAAAGAGUCUUGCUGAGAUUUUAGGGAGGAGCAAGGGGGGAGGAGGAAAGAAAAGGGUCUGAAAAAGAAGUGACAUGUUGAUUUUUGAUAGAAUGGCUUUAACUCUCUUGUCUUUUGUUAGAGGAGACAAAAGAGAAACAAAAGUGGGUUUCUCUGCAGCAAACCAUAAGCAGGGGUUUGGUUUUUAUGGCGAAACUAACAAAGAAUUUGUUGAGGUUCAGCUAGAGCUGUGAGUAAUGCAGCUCUUUAUUUUCUUUUUAUGAACACAAGGGAAAGGGUUUUCAGGAAACCCUGUGUAACGGGAGAAAAGCUGAGGUUGUCUCUCCCCCCCCCCACCUUUUAUUUAGAACAACAAAACAGCCAAUAAUCAAACAAGCCUUUUAAAGUAUCUAUGAGGUUUUAUAUUCACAAGGUUAAGAGUUGGUUUCCCUGGCUGAUCAUGUGUAUCGUUCUUUGAUUUAUAAAUGGGGCCGAGGGAAAACCUAGAAUCUGAGAAAGAGGAGGAAAAGAUAUUUUGCAGUCCUGGUCAAAUCAGGGAGGCCCCCCCAGUGCUCCCCUCAAUAUGCUCUUAGAUUCCCUUGAAACCAAUAGAUUCUUAAUUGUGGCCUUCAUUGGGAAUCAGUUUCUUGCAGAUAUUUACAUGGACUUGAAGUACUACUACUUCAGGGAGUUUAUUCAUUAGUGGGGGCAUUUAGGAAUACAGCCUUAAUUCUACAACAAAAGAUUACCUUGAUUAAGGCUAUGUUGAUGUACCUGGGAAAGACCCCAUUCUAUCCUGCAUCCAGUUUAGAUUCAAGGAUUUAGACUCCCCUGGUUGCACACAAUCACUCUGUUGAAAGUGCUACAGUCUUAGGAACUCCUGUCUAGAAAAGGUCCUGUGGAAUUCAGUAGAAUCUGAUUCCUGAUAAGGAUAGGUUUUUUUCAGCUUAAGGAAAUGCUGGAAUUGAUGUGUCUUAUUCAUAAACUGUGUUUUCUUUCAAGAUUCCCUGCAUUCCUUUCUUGAAUGAUCAGCAUAUUAAAUAUGUCUGAAGUUAAAGUUUUACAUCAUUAUAUGUAUCAUUUCACCAAAGAGUCCACUGAUGGAAAUAAAUUGAUUUCAGAAGAAGCCUUUCUGAAAUGCUACAUUUCACUAGCUAGCUUUCUGGAAACAUAAGGGGGUUCUAUUUAAUUUUAUCCAAUAGAUUAAUUGGAGAACUGGGGGCUUUUAACAAGCCAUACUUGGAUUUCCCCUUCCUUCUCCAGAAUGCACCAAUAUCUUUUUUAAUGAAUGGAUACCUUUACAAAAUAUUACCACUAUUAAAAAAUGAAGAAUUGAAAAGGAAGGGAGAAAAGAAUGUCUAGUAUAGUACUGGGGAAUAAAGAGGAAGAAAAAUGUUCCACUGAUUCAUUUGUAAUAUCUGAUUUUCCUGUUUCUGAUACUUUGGUUUCUUUGGGAAUUUUUAAAAUGAGCAUAAGACAAGCUAAAAAUGCAUAAUGUACAUUUUGUAAAUCUGACAUUUCGUAAGAAAAUAUAUAUGUAUUUAUGUUUUUACUUAACUUUUUUGUUUUCAAAAUUUCUCUGUAAGGCGCAUUUAUUGUA